UCUCCUUGCUCUGAGGUUUCUGGGAGAAGGCCAGGGCAGAGAUGGAACUUUCUAGCUGCUGCUAGGAAGACAGAGUUUCAAACCUUGUGGCUUGGGCCCGCCUCUCCCUCCUGGUGUCCACAGAACCCUGAUGUCGCUGGCUUGGGUGUGUGGGGCCCGAGCAUCCAUUGGGCUGCCCCAGACUUGGUGUGUUCAGAAAGGGCCUGCUCACUCACAGCUCAUCCCCUUGUGGGCGUGCACGUCUGUGGGCGUGUCUCAGGUCCCAGCCUGGUCUCUCAGUACAGGUCACGGUGGAUGCACAAGGCUUUGUGCCAGAACUGCUGAGAAUUACUUAUGUCUGCACAGCUGGUUGGCCAGCUCUGGCUGCUGGCUCAUCCUUCCGGGGUUUCCCCCGGCAGGAGGUGGGGUCUGUGGGCAGAUCUAGGCCUGCCAGUCCUGCGCCUUUGCCUUCUUGCUCAAGGCCUGCCCGCCGAUGACUUGGCCAUCUUGCUCUGCCAUGCCUAAUGAGCUCUGCUGGAGGGCGGGAUGCUCCAGGCUCUCCCAAUGCGGAGGAGAGAGCAGCUGUCGUCCUUAGGGAUCCCCGGGGUGCGAGGAGCCAGCACAGUCCUGUCUCUUCCUAACUUUCAACCUCGUUAAUUCCUGGCUAUGCACAUGCCCUCCGAGCGUUGGGUCAGAAAGAGAGGGCUGACCCCAUUUCUGGGCUGUUCCCGUUUCCGGCCCACAUCCCUGGACCCUGUGACACUCGCAGAACAGAACCUGCUGAGCGACUCUCUGCUGCUUGGAACCCUCCCAGGGCUUGGAGCUCCGAGAGAUCGAGUUCCCUCGAAUCCCCAGAACCCGGAGUCUGACGGCUGAGGCCUGUGUGAGCCAGUGGCAGAGGCGACAGCAUGUUGUGAAAUGUGCACGCAGGAGGCUUUCCAGGCGCAGAGGAGCCAGCUGGUGGGGCUGCUGGUCUCGGGGUCCCUGGAGGGCUUCGAGAGUGUCCUGGAUUGGCUGCUUUCCUGGGACGUCCUCUCCUGGGAAGACUAUGAGAGCCUCAGCCUCGUGGGCCAGCCCCUCUCCCACUUGGCCAGGCACCUCCUGGACACUGUCUGGAAGAAGGGUGCUUGGGGCUGUGAACAACUCGUCGCGGCUGUCCGGGAGGCCCAGGCUGACAGCCAGUCUCCCGAACUUCCUGGGCACUGGGACCCCCACUCUCCCCAGCCAGCCCAGGACCUGCAGAGUCACCGGCCAGCCAUUGUCAGGAGACUCUACAGCCAUGUGGAGGGCGUGCUGGACCUGGCGCACGAGCGGGGCUUCAUCAGCCGGUACGAAUGUGAUGAAAUCAGGUUGCCCAUCUUCACGUCAUCCCAGCGGGCAAGAAGGCUCCUCGAUCUUGCCACAGUGAAGGCGAACGGACUGGCUGCCUUCCUUCUACAACAUGUUCAGGAAUUACCAGUCCUGUUAGCCCUGCCUUUCCAAGAUGCCGCAUGUAAGAAAUUCAUGUCCAAGCUGAGGACCACGGUAUCUGCUCAGUCUCGCUUUCUGAACACCUAUGAUGGGGCAGAAAAUCUUUGCCUGGAGGAAAUAUACACAGAGAAUGUUCUGGAGAUCCGGACGGAGCUGGGCAUGGCUGGACCCCCGCAGCAGAGCCCUGCCACCCUGGGCCUAGAGGAGCUCUUCAGCACCCGUGGCCACCUCAACAAAGAUGCGGACACCGUGCUGGUGGUGGGCGAGGCGGGCAGCGGCAAGAGCACGCUCCUGCAGCAGCUGCACCUGCUGUGGGCUGCAGGGCGGGACUUCCAGGAGUUUCUCUUUGUCUUCCCGUUCAGCUGCCGGCAGCUCCAGUGCCUGGCAAAACCACUGUCCGUGCGGGCACUGCUCUUUGAACACUGCUGUUGGCCUGACCUUGGCCAGCAGGACGUCUUCCAGUUUCUCCUUGACCACCCUGACCGCGUCCUCUUAACCUUCGAUGGCUUUGACGAGUUCAGGUUCAGGUUCACGGAUGGCGAGCGUCACUGCUCUCCGACCGACCCCACGUCUGUCCAGAAUCUGCUCUUCAACCUUCUGCAGGGCAACCUGCUAAAGAACGCCCGCAAGGUGCUAACCAGCCGUCCGGAUGCGGUGUCGGCAUUACUCAGGAAGUACGUGCACACGGAAUUCACCCUCAAGGGCUUCUCGGAAGAGGGCAUCGAACUGUACCUGAGGAAGUGCCAUCGCGAGCCUGGGUUGGCUGACCGCCUCAUCUCCCUGCUCAGAGCGACCUCAGCCCUACACGGUUUGUGCCACCUUCCUGUCUUCUCAUGGAUGGUAUCCAAAUGCCACCAGGAGCUGUUGCUGCAGGGUGGGGGGUCCCCAAAGACCACCACGGAUAUGUACCUGCUGAUCCUGCAGCAUUUUCUGCUGCAUGCCUCCCCACCAGACUCAGCCCCCGGUGGUCUGGAACCUGGCCUGCUUCGAGGCAGGAUCCCCACCCUCCUGCACCUCGGCCAGCUGGCUCUCUGGGGCCUGGGCACGUGCUGCUAUGUGUUCUCAGCCAAGCAGCUCCAGGCAGCACACGUCGACAGUGAGGACAUUUCUCUUGGCUUCCUGGUGCGUGCCAAAAGGGCUGUGCCUGGGAGUGCGCCCCCCAUGGAGUUCCUGCACAUCACUUUCCAGUGCUUUUUUGCUGCAUUCUACCUCGUCCUCAGUGCUGAUGUGCCGCCAUCCUCCCUCAGAUACCUCUUCAGUUGUGGCAGGCCAGGCAGCUCGCUGCUGGCCCGGCUGCUGCCCGCCAUGUGCGUGCAGGGCUCGAGGUGCAAGGAGGACAGCGUGGAAGCUCUGCUGCAGGAGGCCGAGCCUCACAACCUCCAGAUCACAGCCGCCUUCCUGGCGGGACUGUUGUCCCGGGAGCACCGGGGCCUGCUGGCCAAGUGCCAGGGGUCUGAGACUGCCCUGCGCCAGCGCCAGGCCUGUGCCCGGUGGUGCCUGGCCCGCAGCCUCCACAAGCAUUUCCACUCCAUCCCACCAGCUGUGCCAGGUGAGGCCAAGAGCAUGCAUGCCAUGCCCGGCUUCAUCUGGCUCAUCCGGAGCCUGUACGAGAUGCAGGAGGAGCGGCUGGCACAGGAGGCUGUGCGUGGGCUGGAUGUCGGGCACCUCAAGCUGACAUUUUGCAGCGUGGGCCCAGCCGAGUGUGCUGCCAUGGCCUUUGUGCUGCGGCACCUCCAGCGGCCUGUGGCCUUGCAGCUGGACCACAACUCUGUGGGCGACGUUGGCGUGGAGCAGCUGUUGCCUUGCCUCAGCAUCUGCACUGCUCUUUACUUGCGAGAUAAUAACAUCUCAGACCGAGGCAUCUGCCUGCUCAUCGAACGUGCCCUUCACUGUGAGCAGCUGCAGAAGUUAGCUCUGUUCAACAACAAGCUGACGGAUGGCUGUGCACACUCCAUGGCCAGGCUCCUUAUGUGCAAGCAGAACUUCCUGGCCCUGAGGCUGGGGAAUAACCACAUCACUGCCGCGGGAGCCGUGGUGCUGGCCCAGGGGCUCAGAGCCAACACCUCCCUGCAGUUCCUGGGGUUCUGGGGCAACAAGGUGGGUGAUAAGGGAGCCCAAGCCUUGGCUGAAGCCUUGGGUAAUCACCCCAGCUUGAAGUGGCUCAGCCUGGUGGGGAACAGCAUCGGCAGUGCGGGUGCCCAAGCCUUAGCAGUGAUGUUGGAAAAGAACGUGGCGCUGGAAGAACUCUGUCUGGAGGAGAACCAUCUCCAGGAUGAAGGUGUGUGUUCCCUCGCUGAAGGACUUCAGAGAAAUUCAAGUUUGAAGGUCCUGAAGCUGUCCAACAACUGUAUCACCUACCGAGGGGCAGAAGCCCUCCUACAGACCCUUGAACGGAAUGACACCAUCCUGGAAGUCUGGCUCCGAGGAAACACUUUCUCUCCGGAGGAAAUUGAGAAGCUCAGCCACAGGGACGCCAGACUCCUGCUUUGAUGUCUCUGGGCCAGUGUUCCUCUCACUUUGUUUGCAAGCAGGCCGGGGGUUUGGAGCCCAGCGGCUGGAUUCCAUCUGGCAGCAGCCGGUUCUGGCAGAGGAAGGAGCAUCGGCGCCCUUCGGAAUAGACUUUUCCACAGCCUACCUUUGCCAUCGAGUUCUUCCCGAGAUUCCAUCCAUGGGAAAUAGCAGAGGGGCAGCCCCGGCUACGUCAUGGGCUAGCCUCCUGCUGAUCUGGCCUGGGUCCGUGGGCCACGCAUGGUACUGAGCACCUCCUGGGGUAGAGCCCUGGCUCCACGUGAGAGGCUCCUUCCUACUUCGUUCACAAGGAAGCGGGAUUCAGGAAGAAACUUUCUGUCAUGUCUCAACUCAUGGUCAUCCCUCGCAGCUGUUCCCCACAUAUGGUUCCUCCACUCAUCCUGGACCCCGCACAUGGCACUUCCUCUGUGGUUGAGGAUUCAAAAUAUUGGUGUCUUCGGCUUUGUUAUUUCCCUAAUAGCCACGCCCUACCCCCUACCCUUGUUACCCAGAGUGGGAGGGGCUAUAAUUUACCCUGCUUUCCUUCCUGGUAUUUAAGACAUUAUUGGAAGGGGACACACGGCAGCCAUUUAUUCCCCAAGAUAGUCUAGAUUUGCAGGAAAAAUAUGACCACACUACAGCUGGUAUCACACGUGGACUUUUAUUUCCAGUAAAAUCAAUUACUCUUUGGUUAAGCCUUUGGAAGCCAGCCCUGGUGGUCUAGUGGUUAAGAUUUGGUGCUCUCACUGCCGUGGCCUGGGUUUCCCAGUCAGGGAACCACACCAUCUGUCUGUUGGUUGUCACACUGUGGUGGCUGCGUGUUGCUGU